CACUACUGUAACUUCCAAGGGAGCGCUGGGAGCAGCGGGAUCGGGUUUUCCGGCACCCGGGCCUGGGUGGCAGGGAACAAUGUGCCAGGAUCCGCCUCAGGGAUCUUUGAAUCUCUUUACUGCCUGGCUGGCCGGCAGCUCCGAGGUGUGGGGUUGCAGAGAUUUUGAAUUCUCAGGCUAGGCGGUGGCAUUGCACCCCCUGUGGCAAUGCACCCCCUGUGGCAAUGAGGGUGGCUGAAGGGCUCGGCUUGUCGGUGGGGCAGCGAGCGCCGGAUGCACGCGCCGGGGAGGUAGCCAACAGCCGUUGGGACGCAACGCUCGUUCCCAGGGGAGAGCCAGCCGCUGCCGCGGCACUGGUUCAGACGGCCAGGCCCUAGGGACCCACCAUGGAUCCUGAACACGCCAAACCUGAGUCAUCCGAGGCACCUUCAGGGAACUUGAAACAACCAGAGACUGCCGCAGCCCUGGCAAGUAGCGGCAGCGUAGUGAGUUCUGUACCGAAGGCACAGCGCAACAUCUCAGCGAAGACCGCACCCCGGAAGCACCCCGCAGUCUCAAUUCGCAGUGCGCAGUCCGCAGCCGCCGCACGUCCCCAAGGCAGUGAGGGCACCGCACCCUCAAGGAAAGCUACCACACGCCCACCCCCAAAGCCCACACUCCUACCCCCAAGGCCCUCUGCACACACUGAAUCCAAACUCUUAAAUGAGACGGCAAUCAAAGAGCGCGCGGAGGGCCGAGCCAAAGUCCCGUACAAAUUCAGGGACAGCCUCAAGCGUUUCUCCUUCUCGCCCACUGGAAUGUUGAAGAUCCUGAGACUGGUGAGCGGAGAGCUGAGUCUUAUCAUAGGAGCAUUAGCUUGUUUCAUCAUCGCCCAAGCCAAUGAGUCAUUUAUAACAAUCACAAGUCUGGAAAUCUGCAUUGUCAUUUUUUUUAUUCUAAUAUAUGUGCUAACCCUUCACCACUUGCUGACCUAUUUACAUUGGCCCUUACUUGAUCUUACCAACAGUAUCAUUACAGCUGUGUUCCUUUCAGUAGUUGCCAUCUUGGCCAUGCAAGAAAAGAAAAGAAGGCAUUUACUCUAUGUCGGGGGGUCCCUGUGUCUCACAGCGGUAAUCGUGUGUUGCAUCGAAGCGUUUGUGGUCACCAAGGAGAUGAGGACUAACUUGAAAAGAUUCCUGGGAGUCGAAGUUGAAAGCAAGCUUUCCCCCGCCAAGGACGCCUACCCCGAAACCGGCCCCGACGCCCCGCAGAGGCCCGCCUGAAGCCAGCCCCGCGCCCUAGCAGAUGCACGUGUCUGUCGAAUCGCUGCCUCCGAGCCCACCCCCGAGCUCGCGUGCUGUCACCCAUUCCAGCCUAAAUGUGACCAUAAAAUAGGGCUGCUGCUUUUAUCGAG